GGCAUCGACGAAACGGUCGGCAGGAGAGCGUACAAUGGCCGACAUGCAGGGAUGCGCGGGUGUUGGUGCGGGUCAGGGCGGAAUACGAGCUGCGACGGCGGAGCCUCCACGGCGGUACGACCCAUCCAUGUACGCCCAUUUGCAGUCGUGGGAGACGCCUCUGCCCCCGUCGGCAAGGAGCCCGAGACGGAAGAACUGCCAACGUUGCCUCUUGCCAACGGCUCGACGCAACUUUGGUGGCAAGCGGUACGAGCAGGCGGUUCGGGUUGCACCGAAGGCGACGAGUACACGUCUUUGCUGCAGCAAGGCUUGGGAGACGAUGACGACGGAGGACUUGAUCUCAGGUUUGGCUUAUGUUCUGGCGGAUCCAAGGAGGUGAGCCGUACGUUGAUCAUCGACACCGAUCCUUCGCCACGUGGCGUGGGACAGGGUGGGAGUCAGCGUAUGGAUCAAACCACCCUUCAUGCCCGUGCGUCCGUCGCUGCCAGUGCCGGGCCAUCUAUAGUGCUCCGGUGUCAAGGUUCCACAACACCGUCCGCCGAUCGAUCGACAAGUAACUGGCCUGCACGCAACGGAGCCGCAGCCGGGUCACCUCGCGUCGAGUGUGCACGUCCUUCGAUGCCCGAAUGCACAACACCGACCCAAUUUGACGUGAGGGACGCGUGUGCAUGCAGACCACCGCUGCGUCCAGUACCCACUGUGGAGAACAUCACACGAGGUGUGUCGAACAUGCGGGCACACAGUGAUGGCGGCGACGAUGCUGACGAGCGAUUGACGGAGGACGUGUACGCAGGGGACGACGACGAAGACAUUCCUGUUCGGCCGUUGGGGAAGACGGGUGGGAGGGGGAGAGCACGCAGCAGGGGUGUUGUUCGAGGUCGAUCCGUUGGCCGCGGCGGCAGAGGCUGUGUCAACGACGAUGCCGGGAAGUCUGUGACGUACUGGUCUCCGGAGGAACAACUGCAACUAGUGAGAUGCAAGCGGGAGCAAGAGAUGCACCUCGCCGGGCUGGGCCACAACUACGGGCGGAUGCGGACGAAGGAUUGGAAGUGGGACGACAUUGCAAAGCGCAUGGCGAGCGCGGGGAAACCGAAAGACGCGGACGACUGCAUGAAGAAGUGGGACAAUCUGUUCCAAAACUACAAGAAGAUACAGCGCACGCGGAUAGCCAGGAUCGCCGACCCGUCGCAGCUGCAACAAGCGACCUCCCGUGCGUCGGCAGUGGAGAACAUCGCUCUCCGCGUAUUGCACGGCUGGGUUUUCAAGUCUGGGAACCGCCCGAGGGGUUACAAUCUUGCAUUCCAAUACGCCCUGGAGUCCGUGGCGACAGACAUAGCGCGAGCUAUGUGGUACGGCGAGGAGUGGUGCAACGUCGUCAGCCCGGCGGUUUGCGCACACACAAUAGUUCUCUCCAUGGACUUGCCGCUGUGGUUCGCGGGCGUGAAAGUCGAGAACAGACCGGACGAUGAUGACAUGGCGGCGUACCAGGAGUCCAUCAUCAUCUGCGUCACGCAUGCAUUCCGGGCGGCGGUGCAAAUGGGGGCGGUCAUCGACGGCGAGUUCAUCUCGCACGAUCGUCUUUGCCGGGUGGCUGACUGCCUUAGACUGUUGUUGGCGGCGUGCAUGUGGAUAAUGCGCAUGUCGGGAGACGAUCCGCGCAGCCACUUCGAAGCUUUCCACUUCGCGACGCUGGUGUCGAAGCCCACACUCGUGGCGUCCAUGCAUCGGUCGUUCGACCAUCGUCGAUCUAUUCGCCUCGCCGUGAAAGCCGUCACGGAAAGGCUCGGGAAGGCAAACGUCGCGUUUGGAGAGCACCCCGACUACCUUCCUCAUUGGGCAGACCGCGGCAUUGUGUUCGGACACGGCGCAAGGAUUGACGGGCCAGAGGAAGCUAAGAAGCUCGAUUGGUUGGGUUCGGGUCCCGCCGAUGAUGACAACGACGACGACGACAAGGGUGACGCUUAGAGGGGGGAGAGGUGGGCGGUACGCGUGGGCGGAUGAGUGGUUCGAUUGACAUGCAAUUCGAAAGCGCUUUCAGCGC